AUGCUAGGAUUCGAACAUCUCGCCUUACGCGAGACCUUCAAUCGCAGGCUAACGCUGAGUGCACUCCUCAUUGCAGUCUCGCAGUUCAAUUUUGGAUUCGAUCAGCAAGGUUUCGCAGCAACGCAGUCAAUGGAUGCCUUUGACAAGCAAUUUGGGGUAUGGGAUGUAAAGAAGAAGACCUAUGUCCUCCCUACUGUAUGGCUGUCAUACUUCAAUGGCUUCAAUUAUAUCACAUUUGGCCUCGGCAUUAUCAUUGGCAGUUGGGUCAGCAAGCAUUUCGGCCGGAGGAUGUGUAUGUUCAUCAUGAGUCUAUGGGCCAUUUUUUCCGCCACAAUCGUUAUUACCUCGAAGACACCGGACCAGAUUCUAGCGGGAAGGAUAUUGAAUUACAUCUACAUUGGUAUGGAGCUUUCUGUUGUGCCUGUCUUCCAAUCAGAAAUUACCCCAGCCAGGGCGCGUGGGUUCAUUGUCGGGACUUACCAGCUCAGCUUGACUAUUGGCGGCCUUGUAAUCAAUUCAGUUGCGCGAGGAACCGGUAGCAAUAAUGAUAACUCUGCGUGGAGAAUUCCAUUCGGCUUGUUCUACGUUGUACCGGUCAUUGUCGCCUCCCUAAUCUGGUUCGUGCCAGAGUCGCCUCGCUGGCUGGCUAUAAAGGACCGUCCCGAAGCCGCCAUGAAGGCUCUCCGCGAGUUACGGGAAGGAAAGUUCAGCGAGCAGGAAAUUAAUGCCGAGUACCAUAUGAUCCUCGCGGGCAUACAACUUCAACAGGAAAAAGGGACGUUCUUCGACAUGUGGAAAGGAGUCAACCUCAAACGCUCCUUGGUAGUCAUCACCGCAAAUUUCUUCCUGCAAUCAACUGGCCAGAUCUUUGCCUCCAUUUACGGAGCUUUGUUUGUCAAAUCCCUCGGGACUAUCAAUCAAUUUAACAUCACGAUUAUCACGGCAUGCAUCAAUACAGUCGUCUGCUUGGUCUCGAUGGCUCUAGUUGACAAGGUCGGCCGGCGCAAGUUACUGCUCGUGGGAGGUACCGUUCAGUCUGCUGCCCUGAUGACAAUGGGUGGUCUGGGUACAGUGAACGAUCCAAGCAGAGGCAUCAAAUCGGGUAUAAUAGCUAUGCAGGUGAUUUUUGUCACUGGAUAUUUCAUUGGCUGGGCAUCAAUCGUCCAUACUCUCAGCGCGGAACUUCCCAGCUCAAAGCUGCGUGACUUGACCUACCGAACGGCCUCGGUGGUCAACGUUAUCACCCAAUUCGCCGUUUCGUUCUCUCUUCCAUACCUCCUCAACGCACCAUAUGCUAAUUUAGGCUCCAAAGUGGGCUUCAUCUUUGGCUCUAUGGCUGUCCUGUCCCUGGUGUUUGCAUAUUGGUGCGUGCCGGAAGUGAAGGGCCGUAGCUUGGAGGAAGUGGACCGGCUAUUCGAGUCAGGCACUCCGUUGCGCAACUUCGCAACCGCACAAGUGGAUAUGGGUAGCAUCAUUGCUCUCAGAAAGUUAGAGGAGAUGAAAAGCGGUGAGGUAUCCCACGUCGAAGUCCAAAAGUCCCAAGGCUAG